CUGAGAUCCCCCAUAUCCCCAACCCAACGCAAAAAAAAGUGAGGAUAAAAGAAAAAUCGCACUACCAACUGACCGCAACUUCCCAACUCCCAGUCCCUCCCUAAACUCGCAAGCAACCCGCGGCUGAGCUCCGUGCACCAGUUGUCUCGCGUUGCUGCCGGUGCUGCAGGCGGCAUUGUCGGCGAGCUUAGGAUGGGUGGCAUGGUGGCGUCGGUGGCGGCGGCGCUGGUCGUCGUCCUUGGCGUGGCGUCGGUGGCGACGGCGCAGUUGGAGACCUGCAACGGCGACCUCCCGCCCGUGCUCGCCGCCAACUACUCCGGACUUGCCUGCCAGCCGGUCUGGAACAACUUCGUGCUCCGGUAUCACCAGGACAAGAACAACGUGCUCCGGAUCGUGCUGUCGACGAUGUACAGCACGGGGUGGGUGGGCAUGGGGUUCUCCAGGGACGGCCUGAUGAUCGGCUCCAGCGCCAUGGUUGGGUGGAUCGGCAAGAAGGGGCUCCCCCACAUCCGGCAGUUCGCGCUGCGCGGCAAGAGCAGCUCCAAGGUGGUCGUGGACCGCGGCUUCCUCGUCUCCAACGACCACGACCACACCGUCGUGGUGCAGCAGGCCAAGAUCUACCUCGCCUUCCAGCUCAGGUUCUCCUACCGCCUCUCCCACCAGCACAUCAUCAUGGCCUUCGGCAACAGCAUCCCCGUCAAGAACAAGCUCACCAGGCACCAGGACAAGACUUCCUUCACCUUCGAUUUCACCACUGGCAGAGCUUCGGUGGACGGGUCGUUCCCCUACGGCCUGCGUCGCGCGCACGGCGCGCUGAACGUGUUCGCGUGGGGCGUGCUGAUGCCCAUCGGCGCCAUCCUGGCGCGCUACUUCCGGCGGAUGGACCCGCUGUGGUUCUACCUCCACGUCGGAAUCCAGUUCGUGGGCUUCAUCAUCGGCCUCGCCGGCGUCGUCGCCGGGGUGGCGCUGUACAACAAGAUCCAGGCCGACAUCCCGGCGCACAGGGGGCUCGGCAUCUUCGUCCUCUUCCUCGGCAUCCUGCAGAUCCUGGCAUUCUUCCUGCGGCCCAACGCCGACUCCAAGUACCGCAAGUACUGGAACUGGUACCACAGCUGGGCCGGCAGGCUCGCGCUCUUCUUCGCCGCCGUCAACAUCGUCCUCGGCAUCCACGUCGGCGGCGCCGACAACUCGUGGAAGAUUGGGUAUGGGUUUAACCUGGCCGUCAUCCUCGUCGCCGUCAUCGCGCUUGAGUUCAUGCUGUGGACGAGGUGGUCUAAGAACAGCACCUCCACCCCGACCUACUAGAAACCUGCUGCGUGUUUGUGUUGUCGUGGCGGCGGCGACGCGAUCGAGAACGCGAAGGGCAGCCCCUAAUUUUUUUUAAAAAAAAAAAUUAUGGUUCUUUUUCCAGGGUUGGAUGAUGUUGUGUUGCCCUGACCUUGUUUUUUUUUCUUUGUUGGUGUAUGAAUUGUUCGGAACUGCAAUCGUGUCAGUGUGUGAGUUUAGGCAAGUGCACUGGCACUGCCCAUAGGUGUGCACGCCUGGUGGUAUAGUGGUCCUCUAUGAUUCUUUGUUUCUCGAGGCAUGUUACAGCCGUGUAUGAUAAUUUGAACGAGAACAACGUGCCCAUAUAUAGCUUCACCCAUUUGUUGAUGCUUA